CUUACGAAUCAUCCCAGGCCAGAAUGGAUGGUUGGGAGGUAUUUUUUUGCUGGACCAAAUGCGACUGGGCCUUUCCACAGGGGUCUUCGGGGACGUCCGGCUCUGGCCGAGACACAUCUGGCCAGAUGGUGUCCAUGGAGGACCUCCAAGUCCAGCUUGAGAACAGCUUGAAGCACCUGCAUCAGAAGGAGCUACGCGUCCAGCAUCUGAACAACAAGCUCUCUCAGGUCUUCGAAGAGAAGAACGCGCUCGCCCUCCAACUCCGGGGAAGCAGCCGCAGCCUCCGCGAGAGUCACCAGCAGCACAGCGAGGCCCUGUCCCGUUGCGCGGCUCUCGAAAAGCAGCUGCAGGAGUGGCAGGGUCCGGCGAAGACCACGGGCCCCCUCCUGACCGAUGCCGCCCCCGGGGCCCCCCAGGAAAAGGACGAGACCAAUGCACGGGAGCUGCAGGACCUUCAGGCGCACGACCGUUCGAAAGCGACCACGGCACUGGGAAAAAAGGGACUUAUGGCCGUGUUACACACCGCUCUAGUAGCAUCCCGCGAGGGUCCCGCGAUCAAAAGUCAGAGGUUUGGCAACCGGCUCGUAUCUAUGACGGUCGCAGCAUCCCUGGGGUCACACGAUCGAUCCCCUUUUCACGACCUUCCGGCCAGCGAAGCCAACGAGGGAAGCCAGAACCAGCUGAACAACCCUGUGACUUAAGUUAACCCCUUUUGU